CCAGGGUUUGCAUGUGUCGGUGAGGCUUCAGCUGCAGAGUCAUUUUGGCUGCAUACCUAUCUGAGGCUUCGUGGCCAGCGGACGCGACCCACAAGGUGCAGUUCUGCGCGCAGCUCGCCUGCGAUUACACUCUUCGCACAGAUCACAGUCACCACCACAAUUAGCCCCUCCGUCCCGCGCUCGCUCUUCCUCGAAUUAACAUCCUUACAAAUCCAUCUGCGCCCACAUUUCACUUCCACAUGAGUGCUGAAGCCAGCUCCUCCCGCAUGGAGGCGUUAUUGACCCCAACCGCUGUCUCGUGUCCGGCAAAGGUGCUAGUUGCCGGGGGCUAUCUCGUGCUCGAUCGCAACUAUACCGGCUUGGUAUUUGGCCUGGAUGCAAGAAUUCACUGUGUUGUGGAGCCGAUAAAGUCGACGUCUGGAGUGUCAAUCAGUGAGAUUGUCGUGAAGAGCCCGCAGUUCCGUGAUGCCAUCUGGGAGUACGGCUACCGUGCAAAGGAGAACGACGGCGGAAUGACGGUGCACACAUUGAGCGUCGGCCACAACCAAGUCAUCUCCCGCAACCCCUUCAUCGAAACCGCCCUCACCUACGCCCUCACCUACAUCUGGGAGUUGACCCCUAAUCGCAUUCUCGCACCGUCCUCUAUCCGAAUUCUCGCAGACCAAGCCUACUACUCCAACACUGGCACUUCCAUUUCCUCUUCACGCUUCCUCGACUUCGGCGUCUCGCUCAAAGAAGCGCAUAAGACCGGUCUCGGCUCCUCCGCCGCCCUCGUAACCAGCUUCACCGCCGCAGUCCUCUCCUUCUACCUGCCCAAAGACCUAUUCGACGUCGAAACCGAAAGGGGCCUGACGAUCUUGCACAACCUCGCGCAGGCCUCGCACUCGCACGCCCAGGGUAAAGUAGGCUCCGGAUUCGACAUUGCGUCUGCCGUCUUCGGAUCAUGCCUGUACAAGCGCUUCUCGCCGUCGCUACUCAGCGGCCUCCCAUCCCCCGGCGAGGCCGGCUUCGGCGUCAAGCUGCGCGAGCUGGUGGAAGGCGAAUGGGACACUGAGAUCGCGCGGUCGCUCAUCAAGAUGCCGCGCGGUCUGCGGCUGGUCAUGUGCGAUGUCGACUGCGGCUCCGAGACGCCUGGCAUGGUGAAGCAGGUCCUGGCCUGGCGCGCCGCGAACAAGACGGAUGCUGAGGGUAUCUGGCAGCGCCUGCAGGGUGGUAAUGAGGCGCUUGCCAAGGAACUCACGAGGCUUGCUGAGGAGGGCGCGGAAGAGCCUGAUGGUCAGGGACGCUUCGCCAAGCUUGCCGUUAUCAUUGAGGAGAACAGGGUUGCCAUCCGGGAUAUGGGCGUGCAAAGUGGUGUGCCUAUCGAACCGCCCCAGCAGACUGCGCUGCUGGACUAUUGCACCAAGCUUGAUGGUGUGGUGGGCGGCGUGGUGCCCGGCGCGGGCGGCUUCGAUGCGAUUGUGCUGCUUGUGGAGAACAACGAAGCGGUGAUGGCGGAUCUGAAGCAAAAGCUGAGCGAGUACAAGGCUGAUGAUGUUGCGGUCGAGGGCCCGAAGAUCGGGCGAGUGGGCAUCGUGAAUGUUAGGGAGGAGAUGGUGGGUGUCAAGCGGGAAGAGCUGAGUCUGUACAAGGAGUGGACGACUUAGUGCUUGGGAUGGGAAGUGAGGUCAUCAACGGCAAAAGCGCGUUGAGUGUUGGGGCAAUUAUCUGGAAUGUUUCGUAGAUAGUGUGACGAUUCGGCGUUAAGCGUUGAAAUAUCUGUAUAUGCAAUCGUAUUCACGUAUAUACAG